GCCCCACAAAUCAGUUUACUUUUAUUUUCUACGUUUUUUUACUAUUAUUAGCACGCUUCUCUCUCUUCCUCUUUCUUAAAACCCCCACUUCUUCAUUUCCCAUUUUCACUCACACAAACAACACUUUCAUUUUCUUCUUCAGUUUUUUCUAUUCCCAUUCCUUUGAGUUUCUCAGUUUAAAGCACAAAGUUUGUUUGUUUGUUGUAUAUCAUGUCUCCCGCCGGUGAAAUUUUCCGGUCGAAUUUGACGGAGUUGUUAGAGGAAUCUCCUUCAGGUGCCGAUGAAUUGCACGUGCUUGCUGUUGAUGAUAAUCUCGUUGAUCGCAAGGUUAUUGAACGUUUGUUAAAGAUUUCUUCAUGCAAAGUUACUGUUGUGGAGAGUGCAAGAAGAGCUCUUCAGUAUUUGGGAUUGGAUGGAGAGAAUACUGAUAUAGGGUUUGAUGGUGUGAAGGUUAAUCUGAUAAUGACGGAUUAUUCCAUGCCUGGGAUGACAGGGUAUGAACUACUCAAGAAAAUCAAGCAGGAGUCUUCUGUUUUUCGAGAGAUUCCGGUGGUGAUCAUGUCGUCCGAAAAUGUUUUGACUCGAAUUGAUAGAUGCCUUGAGGAAGGAGCCGAGGAUUUUCUAUUAAAGCCAGUCAAGUUGUCGGAUGUAAGACGCUUGAAAGAUUUUGUCAUGAGAGGUGAAGUGAAGGAUGGCGAGAAAAUUUCUCUAAAAAGAAGACGCUCAUCAGAUGAUUGUACUCCAUCUCUAUCGGCUACAUUCUCACCAAUCCGUCAUUCAUGCGAUCCACCAUCAUCAGUGUUCUCACCACUCUCACCACCACCAUUAUCCUCCAAGAAAUCUAGACUGUGACCAUAAAUUGUUUAGUCUUAUAUGUCUCCAUUUUUGCAAUAGUAAUGUCCAUAUUUUCAAUUUGUUAACCAGUCUAUACAGUUUGUUCUCAGGAUUUUGAAUGACAAAGGGCAAUAUAACAGAAUCAUUAUUUUUUGGCCUCUAA